CUGGGGUCAUGUAGGGUCUUGAUUGAAACAAAGAUCUGGACAGGAAUGGAUAUUGAGGGCCAGAAUUGUGCACCAUUUAUUUUAUUUAGUUUUUAUUUAUAUUUCCAAACUAAAUAAAAUGAUGUUUUUCUGACUACAUGGGUCACAGUGGUGAAACAGAAAUAAUGAAAGUGCACACAGGAGAUUAAAAAAUAUAUACAUACUUGUGAAAUAUAUACAUACAUGUGAACACCAAGCAUUCUUUUCAAUAGCAUGUUUUCCAUUGUACUCUAAAAUGUAUGUAUGACUGAAAAUAUACAAUAGAGAAUCAAUCACAACUUUUAUUACAAGUCAGCAGUGUAUUAUAACUACAGCAGUGCUUAUAGGAAACAAACACAUACAUGUCUCAACAAUUGAUGCAUUCAAUUAAUACAUGUUUGACCCAAGCCAGAUGCUGUACAAAGUUAGAUUUUGCUGUUUAAUAUUCUUAAUCUUGUUAAUUAAAAAAACAAAACAAAACCAAAUUAAAAAACAAACAAAAAAAAAAAAACAGUAGUUUUGAACCGAUUUUAAAGACCCGAUUAGUUGUGUUUUUCAUUCAAUCUUAUAAAAUUAGGAAGCAAAACCUUCAAGUGAAUAUCUUAAAUACAAAUGAGGGUGGGAACUUGAAACCAUAAUGAUACCAUAAGUGAUAUUAUUAAACAAUGGAUUUACUGUGGUUAAUCUUGGUCUUUAUAAUUUUUUUAUAAUACUUCUGAAUUAUUUGCAAUGCAUGUCUGUGCUUUCGCUGUAUAAUGGCAAUUUCAAAACUAUAACUGAGUUCACUUUUAAAACAGCUUUUUCUGGAAAACACUCCUGUGAAUGCAGGUUAACCUGUUCUUUGAGUAGGAGGUGGCUUGGGCUGAAAUCUAAAGGUUGUGGCACAUAUAAACUAAGGCUGGUGGUCCAAAAUUCACUUUGCACAAUGGAAUGAAAUAUGCUGCUUAUUUUACAGAGAGAAGCUGAUAAACAAUAAUACCAACUGGUUAAGAAAAAAUAUGGCAACAGAAAAGGAGAAAUAUGCCCUCUUAAAUGGUGACUCUGAUUUAGAAGAUGAAUUAACAAUUAAUACUGUGCUGAUGGAAAAUGAAAAAAAAAGGCCCCUAAAAAUAAAAAAUUAUAAAUGUCUACAUCACUUGUUCUUUCUCACUGCCUUCAUCAUCGUACUCAGUGUAGUCCAGGUAUUAUUCUCUAUCUUUGUAGUCAAAAUGUAUUGGAAGAUACAGGAGCUACAGAUGGGACAAGAUGAACAGCAAGAAACAGCAAGGACCAGCCGUCUUGAAUUGAUUAAGAGUGUAAUGAAGAAGAAUGCCAGCGAACAAGAAGAUCUUCAACUGGAAUUAAAACUCAACUUAUUUCAGCAGAACAUCAUGCAUAUGGAUUCCAAAAUUGAAAAUAUUACACAGAAUAUGGAAUCAUUAGAGUCUGGUUAUAAGAUGAUGAAAAAUGACAUAGAGCUGAAUAACAGAGAUGCAUUUUAUGCAAAGGAAACAUCAAAAUUCUUCGACAUUGUUACUAAACUCAAUAGGACUACAUCCAUCGGUCUGAUUGCUUUUAGGCAAAAGCUACUUCAACUGCAAAGUACAAUUAAUCAUGUAACCAGCAGAAUCCACAACUUGGAAGAUUCCUUUGCUUCAAAAGUUGAGGAUCACAACAAUACUAAGUUACAAAAUAUUGAGGAUGAGCUAUCCACCAUGUCAGCAAAUACCGAUUCACUUGAAUCCAAGAUGGCACAGGCCCUCAGCCAUGCAUCCAGUCAGAUCACCCAGCUUAUACUUGACGUGACCCAUCUUAAAAGUGACCUUCAAAGUCAUCAAGACAAGCCGAGGACAGACGUUCCAGAAUCUAAAUUGAAGGGUCAAUCUACUUUGAAGAGUCCAAAAGUAUUUCCCACAAAACCACACACAGAGGCUCCAAGAAAGAACAGUACUCUGAAAAUGCCUGUUUUAAUGAACACUACAGGCUUGCAAUUAUUGUUACACAAUGCUUACAAAAAUAAAGAUGAUUUAUUGUCCUAUGAAGAAAUAACUUAUGCUCUGAAACACCACGCACCUAAAGAGGAGGAACUAAUGGAGUCUGAUACAAAUUCUGACAAAAAAUACUCACUGGCUGAGCUUAAAAAAGUAUUAGGAAUUUAAGGUUACUGAACUGGAAUGAAGUUGACCUAUGCUAUAUACAUAAUAGAGGGUUUACUAUAAUGCUGUAUAAAUUGCAUGAAGUGGCCAAAUCGCUGGAAUAUAGUUUGCUUUUGGGGGGUAGGUAAGGUGUACCUAAUCGCCUAUGGUUUGCAGUGGGAACUCUUUGUUUGGGUCACAGAGGGUUGUUCAAUAUAAUCGUUCUACAGUGUAGUAAUCUUUUUUUUUUUUUUUUUUUUUUAAGAGAACAGGCCAAACAAACAUAUUUAAGGGGUAAAACUCUGUGCCUUUUAGUGUGUUUCUAUGUAUUAAUUGCCAUCUUACAUUUUUGUCAGUAGGACUUUAUAAAAAAUACAAUAGAUAUGUGAUUUGUUUAAGGUGAAUGGUAAAUGUACUUAAAUUAAAAAUAAAAAUAAAUGUAAGGGUAUUUGGAUAUGCUUUUUAAAUGUUCAUUUAUUAAAAAUAAAUUGCCUUGUAUGGCUAUAAACUUGACCUUGCUAUAAACCGUUUUUUACUUUACAAUAGAAUUCAUAUAUAUUGAGUGUUGAUGUCAAACAGAAAAAAAAAAAAAAAGUUUUUUAAAAAAUGGAUACCAUUUGGAGAAUAAACAUUUUUAACCACAUAGUCCAUUACACAGGAGGGCCUUGAGAUAUUCUUAAAAGCAUAUACAGCAUUUUAGUCUUCAGAGUUUUAUUUUUCUACCACUUGGUGGAAGAGAUAUGCAAAAUAGCCAGCUUGCCUCUAGGCUGGAUAUCAGUAGGCCAAAUCUGCAAAUACAACUACGUCUCUACCCAGUCAUUGAGGUAUCAUUUAAUUUUGUAACCUGGUGUUUGAUUUCCUUUUGUUCUGUAAAUGGCACCUUCCAGCUUGGGCAUUUUGUAAUCGGUACCCAAGACAACAUUUGGUAAUGGUCUACAUUAGAAAGCAUUAUAAGUGAUUGCAUUACAAAAUCUUGAUUCCCUUGAGAAACCCUGGCCAUCUGUAACUAUUUCAAUACCUGUUUCACAAAGAACACAGUGCCUCUUGUGCUGUAAGUAAGAAGAAUAGUUUAUCACAUAUCUUGGGGUGUGGACUACAAGCAAAGCUUUGUUCUUUUUUUUUUUUUUUUUUUUGCGAAUAUCAACUCAUAAAGAAACAGUACAGUUAUAGUCACUGCUGUGAAAGAAGUUAUGGAGAUUGAAGAAUGCCUUAUACUGCAAAUAGUCAAAAUUAUAUAAAAAAAUAAAUCAAAAAUCAUCUCUGGGCUACAUUGUAAUGUGUAACAUAGAAAGUGGUGACCCCUGCAUGGUUCUGUUGAAAAAUUACACCGUGUAACAAUUUUAUUUAUUUAUUUUUUUGUUCCUGGGUAGUAAGUGUUAUUUCCUAAU